AUGUUUUCACGACUCUUGAAGUCCGUCCCGGCACGAGGCCAUGGCGCCAUUGGCAUGACAAACCGGGUCCUCCAGGCUCGAUAUAUGGCAUCAGUUGCCAAUGAUAUCCCCAAGCCAAGUAGUGGCCUUUUCGGCUCGGAGCGUGCCACUUUCACAAUCCGAGAUGGUCCCGUGUUUCACGGGAAGUCCUUUGGAGCAAAGAAAAACAUCUCCGGCGAGGCAGUCUUUACGACCUCACUGGUCGGAUACCCUGAAUCCCUUAGCGACCCGUCGUACCGCGGUCAGAUUCUCGUCUUCACUCAACCUUUGAUCGGAAACUAUGGUGUUCCUUCUGCAGAUAAGGAUGAAAACGGCCUUUUGAAAUAUUUCGAGUCUCCUAGCCUUCAAGCUGUCGGUGUUGUUGUUGCCGAUGUUGCUGAAAAAUACAGCCACUGGACUGCGGUUGAGAGUCUCGCAGAGUGGUGUAUUAGAGAAGGGGUUCCCGCAAUCUCUGGCGUGGAUACCCGUGCAAUUGUGACCUACCUUCGCGAACAGGGUUCAUCUCUCGCGAAGAUUUCUGUCGGCGAGGAAUACGAUGCCGAUCAGGAUGAGGCGUUUGUUGAUCCUGAGCAGAUCAACUUGGUCGCUAAAGUGAGUACUAAGGCUCCUUUCCAUAUUAGCCCAGGAAACAGUAAUGCGCACGUCGCCGUUAUCGAUUGCGGGGUGAAGGAGAAUAUCCUUCGAAGUCUUGUCAAUAGAGGCGCCAGUGUAACAGUGUUCCCAUUCGACUUCCCCAUUCAGAAGGUUGCACAUCACUUCGACGGCGUCUUCAUCUCUAACGGCCCUGGCGAUCCAACCCACUGCCAGCAAACCGUUUAUAACCUCCGUAGAUUGAUGGAAACUUCUCAGUUGCCCAUUAUGGGUAUCUGUUUGGGCCACCAACUCCUCGCACUUGCGACAGGGGCCCGAACUAUCAAAUUGAAGUACGGAAACCGCGCUCACAACAUCCCUGCUUUGGAUUUGACCACCGGCCGUUGCCAUAUUACCAGCCAAAACCAUGGCUACGCUGUUGAUGCUUCGACGCUUCCUAACGACUGGAAGCCAUACUUUGUUAAUCUUAAUGAUUCCAGUAACGAAGGCAUGAUCCACAAGAGUCGUCCGAUUUUCAGUACCCAGUUCCAUCCCGAGGCCAAAGGAGGUCCAUUGGAUUCCUCAUAUUUGUUUGACAUCUAUCUCGAUAGUGUCCAGAAAUAUAAACAGAGCCAAGUCGCCUUUCAACCCCAACGGGACAGUCGGCCAAGUCCACUGCUAGCCGAUUUGUUGGGCAAUGAGCGUGUUGGCGUUCAAACCACCAUUGGAGUGCAACCAACUGAGCCCAUUGUGCCUAUUCCAGAGCCUACUACCCCAAAAAUUGCAGCUUCGGCGUGA